CCCGGUUGCCAUGGAGACGCGUCCCUAGGCGGUGAUGGUGGUGUCGGUUGAGUGGGCGUGACGAGCUAAGCAUUGUAAACUUGAAUUGCUCUUUUUAUCUACACGAGGGCAGGAUGGAGUCAGCACUGGAGAAGGCCCUGGCUAAUCCUGGCCUGGGGGUGCUGCUGCUGGAUGACUCAAACAGGAGCCUAGCAGAGGAUGUGGAGCAGCUGCGACAGGAGGUGGCCAAGCUGGACCAGGAUUGGAAGGGGGAGCAGGAGUCACACAGGCACAACACUCAGCGCAUGGCCGAGAUGACUCAGAUGCUUCAGGACAUUCAGGCCCUGGUGGUGGCACUGACCCGGGACAUCGACACAGAGGGGGAGCAGGAGCGCACCGCCACCAGUGAGACAGAGGGAAUCCUGCGCCAGUGUAGGAAGAGGAACACAGAGCUGGCCAGCCUCCAGGAAGCUUCUGAGUCCCUUGAGGCUCGGGCAGCUCAGAGGCGGAGGGAGGCAGAUGAGCUGGAGAAGAAUUUGACAGAUGACUCUGGUCUGCUGAAGGAGCUGCUGGACCAUUUGUCUGAGGCAGAGAAGGAUAAUUUGUUGCUGCUUCAGUACUCAGCAGAGGAUGCUUCAAAAAUCAAGAGUCUGAGUGUGAGCCUGGAGCAGGAGUGUGGGCAGGUGGCUCAAGCCGAGGCAGAACUGUCCACAGCGCAGGGGGAGGUGCAGGUGGCCCAGGCCUGUCUGGACCAGCUGGGCAUUGCAUUCCUCCAGGCUGCUGCUCACAGGGACCAUCUCCUGGCUCAGUGGGAGGCCACCCUGGACCACAUCUUUCAUAAAGCCAAUGAGAACACUGCCUGCAUUGAGGACUCCUUGGCAGUGCAGCAGAAGAUUGCAACACUGAGGAGAGAGGUGGAGCAGGAGACACAGAUCCUACUGCAGGUGAAGGACUCCUGCCAAGAGGCCAUGGAGAACCUGCGGGUGGUGGAAGAAGAGGGACGGUGGGUGUGCGGCCAACUGCAGAUCACCACAGCCACCAGGGAGCAGAUUCAGGCCCAGGUUUGGGCAAUGGAGAAUGCACUGGACAAGAUCAACAAGGAGAUAGAGAGCUUGGACCAGAGGGUUGGGGAGCAGAGGACCUUGCUGGAGGAGAAAAGAGCCUUCCAUGCCAGCCUGAAGCACCAGUGUGUCAAGGCUGAGGACAAGCUGACCCUCAAUACCGAACUGGUCAUGUCAGCUGAGGAAACACUGCAUUCCCUGGAGACAAUUGUUAAGGAGGCAGAAGGUGUGGCAAGGGGACUGGAGAAGCAGAAGGAGAGGGUUGCAGAGGCAGAGCAGCACCACAGGCAGGCCUUAGCUAAGUGGCAGGAGCAGGAGGCAAGGCUGAAGGGGGAGAUGAUGGCUCUUCUCUCCACCAAGACCCGACACCAGACUGCCAUCAAGGAACUCAACGCCAGGAUAGCCAAGCAGAGGGAAAUACUGCAUGACCAGGAGGGCGAGGUACAGCGCCUCCGCCGGCAGAUUCACGACCUGACCCACGACAACAACAACAACACAGCGGCAGAGGCAGAGCAGCAGAGGCAGCUGGAAGUGUUGCAGCAGCGCCUACAGGAAACCACAAGCACCAUUAGAGUCUUGACCAAACAGCUGGCUGGCCUCAAGACUGCUCGCUUCACAGAGCAGAUGAAUGUCUGUCAGCUGGAGAAACAAAAGCAGAAGACAGAAGCAGAGUUAAGUACUGUCAGAAUGAACAACCACAGUGCUGAAAGGGAACUGGCUCAGCUCACCACAGCAAGGGAGGAGGUGCGUGUGGACAUUGGCCUGGAGCAGCUCCACCUGCAGCGACGCAUGAGGCAGCUGCAGGUUGCUGCCACUCAAGCUGCCAAGCUGUGUGGCCAGAAAGAGAACAUGGAGCAGCUGGUGAAGGAGCAGAUAAGUGAAGUGAAGGCACGCAUUGAGGAUACAGAGCGAGGCAAGAGAGCAGUGGAGGCAGAGCUGCACCAACUGUCCAUUCAGGUGCAUCAGGCUUCCUCCAGACUCCUCCAGCUCAGAGACAAAUAUAAGAAGAUCAAAUGCAGCUUAGACACAGCAGAGGGUGAAGAAAUAUCCACCACUAGUGUCUUCCUGAAGGUGGAGGGAGAACGAGCUGGGCUGCAGGAAGCAGGGGACUUACUGGACAGGGAGGUGAGGCAGGCAGAGGAGGAGGUGGAGGCCCUGCAGCAGAUGGUUCAGCUCAUGACCAUCGAAGGGCAGCAGUACCGCUCCCAGCUCCACCUCAUCUUCCACCACAGCGAGGAGCAAAAGGAGAAGAUGGAGUUGGAGGAGCGACUGUCAACCUUACAGGAGGAGACGGUAGUGUGGGAGGCUGUGCUGGAAGAGGAGCGGGCAGCACUGCAGGGAACACAGGAAAAGCUGAGGGAAGUGGAGCUACAGGUGAAGGCAGUGGAGGAGUUACUGAGGGAGAAAAACACUCACUUACGCGCUGUGGAACAGGAGACACAGAGUCUGCGGACCAAGAGUGUUCACGCCACACAGGCCACCAACACUCUGCUACGCCGGGCCAGACUCAAGACGGCAGUGCUGAGUGACGUGGAGCUGAGGAUUGGUCAGGAGCGUCUCAGGAGCAUUCACUCUCUCCUUGGUGAGGCUGUGUCAUCCCACCCUGAGGCAAACCAAGCCAUGGUCAUCUACUGCCAGCAAGCCAACAUCCCACCCCCUGACAUACACACACUCAUGAAGAGAGAAUCGUAUGGCUCAAGGUCCAGCUUGGGCACCCUGCAGUCUUUCCGAAGCAGCAGCACCAGGAGUGGCAGGAGCAGCAGCAGUGGCAGCAGCAGCAGCAGCCAGGCAGGGAGUGAGUCAGCCAGGUCCUCUCGACUCUCCCAACACUCACAGGACUCAGGUCGUUCUGGGUCACCAAUCACAAGGUCCAAGUCAGCCUCAAGACCAUCCACUUAUAAACACUCCUCCAUGCCAAAGAUCACAGUCAUCAAUCCAGCCUUCCCAACCAAGGAACAGAGACGGCCACACCAUUACCAAGGCAAGAAGUUCUUCAAGAGGCCAAACAAACACCCUUAGGACAGCAUAGGAGCACACCACUUCCAAGGCAAGAAGUUUUUCAAGAAGCCAAACACUCUUAGAUAGCAAAAGGACUUUCCUUAACAAAGUUCCUUAAGAGGCCAAACACUGUUAGAUAACAUAGAACACACCAUUACCAAGGAAAGUUCUUCAGUAAGUCAAACAAACCCUUAAAUUACAAAAGACUUACCAUUAUCAAGUUCCUUAAGAGGCCAAACACCCUUAGAUAACAAAGCAUUUACCACUACCAAGCCAAGUUCUUCAAGAGGCCAAACAAACCCCCUUAGAUAGCAAAAGGACUUACCAUUACAAAGUUCCUUAAGAAGCCAAACAUCCUUAGAUAGCAAAGGAUUUACCACUACCAAGCCAAGUUCUUCAAGAGGCCAAACAAACACCCUUAGAUAAGGCACCAUAGAACUUACCAUUACUAAGGCGAGUUCUUGAAGAGGCCAAACACCUUUAGGACAGCACAGGACUUAUCAUUACCAAGGAGAGUUCCUUAGAACAGUAUUGGACUUAUCAUGAUGGCUGAUUAUUGAACAAACAGCCUUAAAAUGCCAAACAAACUUCCAGAGACUAAGUUGUAUAUGAUAUAUCUUGAUCUUGGGAUGUUAUUUUAUUCACAAGAAUAAAAAUAUCUUUCAUGGCUUCUCCUUUUACUGUAUCAGCAUAAGAAACAAAAUAAUAGCUUAUAGAUACUACUGUUUCCACUACAAAUUUAAGAUUUCAAAACAGCAAAAUGUAGUCUGAAAACAAAGAGAAAACAAUUGUACAAGAGUGAAUGAUGUGUGUGUGUGUGUGUGUGUGUGUGUGUGUAAUGUUUUGUCUGGACCAAACCCGUGUAGAAUUGCCAGUCUGGUAUAAAGAUAGAUGGCGAGAUAUAUUACCUUUCACUAAAAACUUGGGGAUACUUCAUAAA